AUGAGCACUAAAUACCCAGAAUACGUAAACAACGAGCCACCAGUGAUCACCCUCCUAGAAUACGAUGCAGCAGAUUGGGCUCAAUCAACUUGUCUUGAUUCGACUAAUGAUGGUAAUUACAAUGUAGUGGUGAUGGAAGACCCUACACAAAUUGUAGCAAGGAUCGACUCCAAAGAUAAACCUAUUGUUGAUAGAAUUUUCAAGAGUGCCACUGAAACUCAUGCCAAACAGCAAAUGGGGAAGUAA